UCUCACUAGAGUUGAUAGCGUAUAUAAAAAACGAUAUCAAACAUUAAACAUCAGUACGUUGUUGUUUUUAACACAGUCAACAUGGAUCGAGAGGUGAAGGGAAAAAUUGUUGCAGUAACUGGCUCAGCGGAGGGCUUAGGGCUAGCUAUGGUCAAUAGUUUUCUAGAACAAGGAGCAAAACUAGCGAUUAUCCUAGAUUUAAAUGAACAAAAAGGAAAAGAAGCGUUGAAAAUUCUGAAAGACAAAUACGGAGAUGAUAGAGCAACUUUCUACAGAUGCAAUGUUUUAAACGAUUUGAAUGAUGUAUAUGAAAAAAUUAUAAAUAAUCACAAAUAUAUAGACAUCCUUAUAAACAACGCUGGUGUUCAGGACGAGAAGAACAUUAAGAAAACGAUGAAUAUUAAUGCAAUAGCCCUGAUGGAGUGGACGAUGAAGUUUUACGAGAAUAUGAGAUUAGAUAAAGGUGGUCGAGGUGGUACCAUUAUAAAUGUGUCUUCGAUUUAUAGUUACAGGAUAACAGCUCACGUACCGUUCUACCAUGCUUCAAAGUACGCGGUGCUCGGUUUCUCGAAAUCAAUAGGACAUGAGACUAAUUUCAAAAAAUGGGGCGUGCGUGUGGUUACUUUGUGUCCAGGAAUAACACGUACAAGUAUGGCUAAAAAUCUAAAUGUGUGGGAAGACAAAAUUUUAGACGUAUUCCUUGAAGACGUGAAGUCUUAUGAUUGGCAGGAACCUAAGGAUAUCGGUGAUGGUACGGUGGAAAUAUUCAGAAAAGCUGAUAGUGGCACUGCCUGGCUUGUGGAAGGGGCUAGACCGGCUGAAAGGAUAGAUGUUUAAAUAUCAAUCAAUUUUUUUUUUUAUAUUUGCCGGGAGGGCAAAUGACUGAAUGAUGGUCUAUUAAAUCAGAAUAGUCAAUUAAAAUAUUUAGUCAUGUCAGCCAGUUCACGGUUUCAUAAGAGUAUGUUUUUAUCAUACCUUGUAAAUUGAUGAGUAAUAAACUCUUUUUUUAUUAAGUUGA